AUGUUCAAAUCAGACAAACCGUACACAGCCGUCACUGUGCAGAUCGAGAGUUUGACGAGCGAGCAGUAUGAAGUCGAUGACUCUAGUGGGAUAGUUGAUUUGAUAGAGGUAGUCCAGAUACAGGCAACUGGACCGUCUGAAGCUAGUCGUGCGUUGCGGAAAAAGCUGAAAUACGGCAAUCUCCACCGACAGCUUCGGGCGUUGACGAUCUUGGAUUUCCUCAUCCAGAAUGCAGGCGAACGAUUUUUGCGUGGAUUCGCCGACGAACCGCUACUCGAGCGCCUUCGAAUCGCCGCUACAGAUCCAGUCUCGGACCCGGAAGUGAGAAAGAAAUGUCAACAACUCUUUGGACAGUGGGCGGCAACUCACAAGGACACUCCGGGCAUGAGUAGAAUCACGACUCUUUACAAGCAGCUUCCAAAGAGAAAGCAGCCGGCGCAGCAGGCUCAGGCGAAAGUGCUUAGGGAAACCGAACCCACCACAGAGGUGCCGAUGGGUCACUCUGCCUCAAUCUCAGUAGGACAAGGACCUUCGACGCCAUUGACUUCUCCCAAGUCUAAAAAGUCCAAACGCUCGUCGACGGUGUUUAGCUCAUCGAGCUCAAAAAGCCACAAAAGGUCUAAUACCAACACCAAACCCUUUAAUAUGGAAAAGGAAAAACCUGAGAUCCUCCAAACGAUUGCAUCUGCAUCAGUCGCCAGUACAAAUCUUCAAAACGCGUUAAAGCUGGUGAACCGAGAGACGCACCGAGUAAGCGAGGAUGAAGAAGUCAUGGCGCAGUUUGGGAAAUGCAAGCAUCUUCGACACCAGAUCUUACGCUACAUUCAGAAUAUCGAAAGUGGUGACCUCCUUGGUAGCCUGAUCCAUGCCAACGAAGAACUUGUUACUGGGUUGAUGGCAUUUGAAGUACUUGACAAGAGCUUGGACUAUGAUAGCGACAGCGAAGACGACGAAAUCCACUUCCGCGGCAUCGACGAAGGUUUCUCCGGUAUAUCAAUUGGACCUCCUAAACCUCCUCGUCCACCUAGACCGACAAGCAUACCGGGCUUUCCUGGUAACAACAAAGCGUCGCCUUUCAACCUGAACGAACUAGAAAGUGCAAGCGAAUCAGAGGAGGAUGAUGAAAACAAUCCCUUUGGAGAUAGAAACGAAGUGCCAACUCCAAGCCUCGAAAGACAUCAGCCGGCCUGGUAA